AAGAGUUGAUAUGUUUACUGAUAUUUUUGAAAUGAGAAAAGAGAAAGAUGUGACAAUUUAGGAUUCUAAAUGAUUUACUAACUGAUAUCCAAGAUGAUUACAAUGGAAAAUAAUAAAACUAUGACAUUCCAAAGUACAGAAUUAUCUUCAACAAUGUUUCAAAAAUUAUUUGAACAGAAAAAAUCCAGCAGAUUUUGUGAUGUUACUCUUUAUGUAAACAACAAAAUAAUAAAAGCUCAUCGUAAUGUUUUGGCUUGCAGUUCACCAUACUUUGAUUCCAUACUGAAGCACCAUAAAGUUCUAAGAGAACAGUUAACUGUGUCCUGUUUAGAUAGUGAAAUAUUUAAUGCUGUGCUAAAUUUUAUGUAUACUGGAGAAAUCACUAUAGAACACUCCAAUGUAGAGGAAUUAUUGAAACUUGCUGAUCAUUUUAUAUUAACCAAGGUUAUAGAAUAUUGUAUUGAGUUUUUAGGAACAAAAUUGAAUUUAGAUAAUUGUUUAUUUACGUAUUUUUUAACACAACGAUUUAAAUUGAAACACCUAGGUAAUAUAGUAGAAAAUUGGAUUAUUAGCCACAUUGAUGAGGUUUGCAAAGGAGAAGAAAUCUUAAGGCUGAAUUGCAAUGAACUCCAAGAACUUUUUAAAAAUAAGAAUUUCAUUUUAACUACUAACAAAGCUUUAACAGUCCUAUCACAGUGGGUAUUAGUGGAUUUAAACAAGAGGGAAAAAGAUUUUGAUAAAUUAAUAAAGUGCUUUCCUACUAACAACCUUGAACCUGCUGAAGUUUUCAAACAUUUGGAUACAUGUAUAUUGUACGUAAAAAGUGAAAUGUCUUUAUACAGAUUUUUAGAUUAUCUACUGAGAAAUAACUGGAUGUUAUCAAAUUUCAAGACAAAAUAUGAUGCCCUCCAAGCAAAAUUUGGACAGAUUCCCCUAAAUGAGAAACCAGAGUUUGAUGGCAAACAAGAUAAAAUCAUUGUAUCAGAAAGAAACGACUCUAAUUCUAAUCAAAAUAGUUUUAGCUCAGUAUUAGUAAAAGCUCGAUUAAAAAAUAGGAAACAACUCAUAUUAAAAAGACUGAUGUUAUUUGGACUUAAACCAAGUUUGAGAAUGGCCGCCUUAAAGAUGUUAACUUGCAAAAAGAAAAAAAUUUCAUUCUCAGAAAAUGAUAAAGAUGAAGUUGAAGUUGAGGAAGAUCCGGAUGAGAAAGUAGGAAUAAAAUGCCCAAUUUGUUUUACAACAAUAAAUGACAGUUUACUUUUGGAACAGCAUCUGGCCUUAAGCCAUGCCAAAGAUGUUACUUACAAAUGUGGAAUAUGUUCAUUUGUUUGUCAGUAUCAUGGAGAUUAUUUAAAUCACAUGAAGACUCAUUUUACUGGACCACCAUUUAAGUGUGACUAUUGUGAUUUUAGUAUAGAACAAAUUUCCAGAUUAAUAUCGCACAGGGCCCAACAUCUGGAUGAAUCUAUAUAUCAAUGUACAUUUUGUUCCUUCAAAUGUCGUUUAAAACAAAACUAUAUUUCACACAUGAAACUACACACUCCAGACAAAACAUUCAGAUGUGAGAGUUGUACAAAAUCGUUUCGUUUCAAACAAAAUCUAGAAUCCCAUAUGCUAACACAUACAUCAGAAAAGAACUUGUCCUGCGAUUCUUGUGGAUUUCACACUAAAUUUCUCAGCCAUAUGAUUGCACAUAAAAGAAUUCAUGCAGGUGAUAUAUACAGAUGUUCAUAUCCUCAUUGUAAAUAUUCAACUUCAAAAAAGAAUCAGCUGGCGAGUCACGCAAAAAGCCAUAAUGGAGUUCGUCCGCAUACAUGUGGAAUAUGUGGAAGAGGUUUCAUGGAAAAGUCACAUCUUGUGCGACAUGAACGGAUACAUCUAGAAGAAAAGCCAUUUAAGUGUUCAAACUGUGACUAUGCUAGUUCCAGACGUGAUAAGCUAAAGGAACAUUUCACCAGACACCAUGGUGAGAAUGCCUCUGCUAAAGUUCCAUAUAAAGCCAGGCCGUUAAGAAAUACCAGCACAAGGCCAAAAUCACAAUCAUCUCAAGAUAAUCCACCAGUAACAACUACAAAUACAAGUAAUGUAAAUUUCACUCCGACAAACAGUACAUCUACUACCCCAGGCACACAACCGAUGGGCUCAGAGAUCCAAGAGUUAAUUAUGCAUCAUCAAAAUCACACUACACCAUCUACAGCCACCAACUUAACUGCAAUCAAUUCGAAUUAUCAUCAUUUUGGGGACCCAACAGAUUUUCACCACCACAAUCAUGCCCACAACAUCCACAAUCAAAUUUUAACUUCAGGACAUAACCAAAGAACAACCAGUCAGCAUCAUAACAAUAACAUCGUCAAUCACCAUAUGCUUGCUAGAACUAACCCAUCAACUGCAACAUCUACAGCUGCAGCAGUUGCGGCGGCAAUGAUGUUAGAUCCUAGAUUUCAUCACAACUCCACGGUAUCAUAUCCUUCGACAACGCCUGUUUCAAUGGCCAUGGCUGCCGUUCAGUCAUCACAACAAAUUCAGUCUUCUGGCCAACCAUCUGAAUAUCCUUUACAGAACUGUAUGACACUGUUCUAGUCAAAUAAUUGUAUGAUUAUUUAAAUUAUAUUUUGUUAUUUAUCAUUAUUACUAUAUUUU